CGAGGGUUCCGCCGUUAUACUCAGAGAGUCGUCUGGGCUGCGGUUUAACACUAAUCGGGAGCUGACUCUUCGGACUCCUGCACUACCCUCUGUUACAGCGAGCGGACCGCUCCUGGCCCUUCCUCCUGGAGAUCAAGUAUGUCUUCCAAGUUACUGCAGGCAACAGUUUUACCAAAUACUUUGCUACUUAUGACGAGUUGCCCUCUUCCCAUCUUUCAAUAAGAUCGCUUUGCUGCCUGCCCUCCAAGUCACUAAGCCCGGAAGCUGGAUGGAUGUCUAUGAAGGGUCUACCACUGUGAUCCUCGGGGUGACCUCCUCAGUGCCCUCCCUGCCACUCCCCAACGUCCUCCUGAUGGCCAACGUCACCUGGCCCCAGGGUCAGUUUUCCUCCUGGACCACACCUGACUGUGCUCCCGUGGUCACCCUCAGCAGGAUUCUCCCCCUGAAGUUUGUGGAGCUACAAAUCUAUGACCGGCUCCAACGCAUCCUGCGGGUUAGGACAGUGACUGAAAAGAUCUACUACCUGAGGCUCCACGAAAAACACCCAGAAGCUGUGUUUCAGUUCUGGAUCCGCUUGGUGAAAAUUCUGCAGAAAGGUCUGUCCAUCACCACCAAAGACCCGAGAAUCCAGUUCACUCACUGCCUGGUGCCCAAAAUGUCCAACAGCUCCACUAGAACAACACCUGAAAGCAGCCUCUCGUCAUCCACUCAGCCCAGCGAAAACUUCAUGCUGUUGGUGGCUGAGCAGACCAGUGACAGUUUCUCAAAUAUCUCAGGAAGACCCCAGCUCACAGCAGACAGUAACACCAACGUUGCCAUCAAAACAGACAAAUUGGACAGCUACAAGAUACCUUCCCCAGUGGCAUCUCCAAUCAACUUGAAUAUACCCAUGAGAGCCGCCUUGAGCCACAGCCUCUGGGAACAAGAGAAUCCAGAUGGGCACCUCCUGCAAGCUCCUGUUGCCAGUUCCCUAGGAGAGAACUUUUUGGGACCCUGACACCUAGCCCAAACAGGGUGAUCUUCCCUAGCUUCAUUCCGUGAACUUGCAACAACCUCCUAUAAUGCUGUUUUCCCACUGUGGGCCAAAGACCAUGGGAGAGGUAUGAUGAUGUUUAUAACAAAGUGCUGCUGUACUUCCACCAAUAAACCUCCAAGUGAGUUCCUAA